UCGGAAAUCCGGUUAAUCAAUGCUUCGCCCACUCACUCUGGUAUUGAUCGACAAUUCUUGAGCCCCACGGCUCGAUUUAUAAAGCUAAGGAGGGUUCUACACAACACUAGUCCGGUGUGCGGCUGCACAGGAGAGCGGACCGCUGACCAACAGCCUGAUGCUUCUUUUUACGGUGAUCCUCCCAGCCGACGCUUAGUGUACUACAGAUACAAAGUGUGCAAGAAAUAAUCAUAUAUUGACCAUAAAUUCAAGUUUUGUUAACUGCUGGUCAGUUUGUAAGCCCGCCAAUAUUGUUUUAGUUUUUGAGAAUUGUGCCGAAACAGCGAAAACCAUUUCCGUUUAACGUCCCUUACGUUUGCAGACGUGCUGCCUGGAUAUAGGUGGAGAGUAGCUUCCCUGUCAAGCUCUCCUCUGUGUAAGUAAAGUAUAGAGUGCUCAACAACAACAACAAAUCGUCGACCAACGCCAGGUUUCAUCGAAUAUGGACAAGAUCUUGUCGUACACAAGAAAAGAAAGCGAUGAUUACUACGCUAUUUUAGGGUGCAGUGAACUUUCAUCGGUAAAACAAAUUUUAACUGAGUACAAGUCUCUUCUAGACUGUCAUCCUGACAAAAAUCCUGGAGAUACCGCAUCAUCUGAGAAAUUUAUCAUUCUGGCAAAAGCUAAAGAGGUCCUAACCAAUCCUGAAAGCAGAGCAAAAUAUGACCAGUGGCGGAGAUCUGGCAUUGCUAUGUCAUAUGAUGACUGGUGUGGCCUUAGAGGAGCUGCGCAUACGUCCAUGCAUUGGUCAACACCAGCUCCAAAGCCUUCAAUUGAAGCACCUUAUGAAGGCACAGAACCUGCUCUUAUGACCCUUAUGAAGGAAUAGUAGAAAGCACAGACAUAAAGAAAACCGAACAAGUAUCACCAAGGCAAGGAACACAUCAGCCUCAUAAUUAUCAAAAGGCUCAAGUUAUUGAUCUGACUGAUGCUACAGGGAAGCCAGUUGUAACUGGGAGACGAAUAGAAUGGGAACCAGCACCAGGAAGACCCUUGCUUCAGAAGUUCCGCAACUAUGAGAUCUAGCAUUCCACAGUUUUAUAGUCUGUUUUAUAUUGGUAACAAGCUGGAUCUAGAAAAUGGGUUAUAUGUUUAUAUUUUCUGGGUUUGUGGACAUUAUGUUGUACAUAAAUAUUUACAAGGAUUUUGUGGUUGUAUUAUGUACAGCAUUAUAUGCUAGAUGUCUUGCAGGGUUCUUUUUUUUUUUUAAUCUGGUAUAUUGGAAGUGUGAACAGUUUCCUGGAGCAUACGGCAUGCUUUAUUCUAUACAUUCCAUCAAUGUGUGCAAUAAUCUGACUUUGUAUUAUAAUGCUAUGAAUAGAUAUUCCUUAAUUUUAUUUCUUUAAGAUAUUUUUGUUGAAAAUUGUUCUGUACUGUAAGCAGACAUUGCUUACAGAAAAAUUAGCAUUUUUAUAAUUCUGUGAAUUUGUUUUCUUUUGAACAGAUGAAUACAUGAGUUGCUAUUAUUUAUA